ACACUGUUGCUGCCAUUGUUGUUGUUGCUGUUAAUGACUUGACAGUAAAGUGGCCUACACAAUUUAUGGCAAACUUGUCCGCCUACAAUCAGUUUUCAUUCAGUUCUAUGUGCGUCUGUGUUUGUGUGUUUUAAUGCCUUCGUCUAGUUUGGUUUUUUAAUUGAAACAUUUUUGACCAUAUUUUCUUAAUGAUCUGACAUGACAUGGCGUCUCCUUUCAGUGUGUGUGUUAGCUUUAUAAAUUCAAAGUAAUUUUAGCUAAUUUAAUACAGAGCUGGCGGAGGAAGAGUGCACACCUCUGGGGCAUAUACAUAUAUAUCACAUGCUACCUAUACAGACUCACAUACAUAUACAUAUGUAUCAUUAUUAUAAUUUGUACAUUGUGUUCUCCACUCUGUUUAUUGCAGUCGCCAGCAGAAAAGCAACGCCAACGCCAACGCCUUUGGGCCGCAAGCUGCAAAUGCUGGCAGCAUAUUCAAAUGAGUUGCGAGCUGGGAGAUGCGCCUCAUCCCGGGCAAAGGACGAGCACAAUGACAUCAGCUCGAGGGGUUCAGCGCUCGAGCGAAGAAAGUCAACGAGCGGAGCAGGCGGAGGGCUUACAGGGGUUCGAUUUGUGUCGGUGCGCGGAAUUUUAACUAAGACCAAUCCAGAAGAGCAAAGCCAGCCAAAUAUGAAAGGGUUGCACUGCCAGAUCUGCCAGCCGAAGGAUUUGUAAUUUGAAUUUUAAAUAGCAGCCGCCGCGGCAGGAGCAAAAGUCGUUGCUGCCUCGUUUAUGCCUGUAAAUUGUAUUUACUGCUGAAUUAAUUUCAACUUGUAUUUUCAUUUCUUUUCCAUUUUCUGUGCAUCGAUUUGAAAAGGAAAUCGCAGACC